AUGCUCAACACAAUCGUUACCAUUCUUUCAUUGGUUUCCUUUGCUCUGGCGAAGACAGUCACUUACGACUGGAGUAUCGGCUGGGUGACUGCCGCUCCUGAUGGCUUCACCAGGAAAGUAAUUGGAAUCAACGGGAAAUUCCCUCUUCCAACCAUUGAGGGAAAUGUUGGAGAUAGAAUUAUCGUCAACGUAUACAACGCGCUUGGAGAUGAGUCAACUUCGAUUCAUUUCCACGGGUUGGACCAGCCUGGCACCCAAUUCUCGGAUGGGCCUUCUGGAGUAACCCAAUGCCCAAUUCCUCCAGGAGCAUCUCUCAAAUAUGACUUCAUGCUUGACAGGCCCGGAACCUACUGGUAUCAUUCCCACAACAAAGGGCAAUACCCAGACGGCUUGCGAGGUGCCUUGAUUGUACACGAUCCAAAUGACCCCUACAAGGGCCAAUACGACGAAGAACUCGUUCUCACCGUAUCAGAUUGGUACCAUGAAAAAGUCCCGAAAUUGAUCACCUCGAUGCUGUCAACAUCCAAUCCACGUGCUGUGCCUCCGUUCCCAAAUGCCCUUCUUGUGAACGAAUCAACAACUGCAGCAUUCAAAUUCACGCCAGGCAAGACAUACAAGAUUAAGAUAAUCAGCAUGGCAGCGUUCGCGUCGGUCUUCAUCCAAUUUGACAGCCAUCCAAUGAACAUCAUCGAAGCUGAUGGCAGCUACACGGUGAAGAAAGAGGCAUAUCAACUACGCCUGACUCCAGCUCAGAGAUACUCCGUCCUGUUGAAGGCGCAAACUUCUACGCGGAGAAACUAUGCUUUCUUGGCUUCCCUUGACAUGAAUCGAGACUUUACAAAUACCGCCACAGCCCCAGUGUGGCCGUUCAAUGUCACUGGUCACAUCAUCUACGACGAGGCGAAGGCACUUGCACCACCGUACCUAGUUCAACGAUGGAAGCCCUUCGACGACGCUACGCUUGUAGCCCAGGAUGGAGAAGCACUUCUCGGACCCAGGGAGAAGGUUGACAAGAAAAUUACAUUGGAUUUCAACUUCCAAUUAGACAAGGCUGGUAUUCCAAGAACAUACUUCAACAAUAUCACAUACAUUCCGCAGAAGGUGCCUUCCUUUUUCACUGCAAUCAGCACGGGGACAUCGAAUACCAACCCUUUGAUCUAUGGUGCAGUCAACCCAUAUGUUGUAAAGAAAGGAGAGAUUGUCCAGAUCACAGUGAACAAUCUUGAUGGAGCUAUCCACCCUUUCCACUUGCACGGCCAUCAGUUCCAAGUGGUUGAAAGACCUUCCAGCGGAAAGGGCAGAUACACUGGAAAGGGGAGAAACUUCCCCAGUGUACCAGUCAAGCGCGAUACAUACGCGGUCAACGCCAACAGCUACGCUGUAAUUCGUUUCAAAGCAAACAACCCCGGAGUUUGGCUCAUCCAUUGCCAUAUCGAAUGGCAUGUCAUCAUGGGUCUGACGGCAACGAUAAUUGAAGCCCCAGAGCUUCUUCGAGGGAUCUCGCUCCCAGCUGAUCACAAGGCGAACUGCGACGCUCAAGGUAUUCCGACGGCGGGAAAUGCUGCUGGAAAGACUGGCAACUUGACAGACAUGGCUGGCGCCAAUACCAUUCCAGAAUUUCCAGAUAGAGGAGCAACGUUUCCAAAGCGAAUGGUGAAAGCAUCAAAAGCGUUUGAACGCACGCCGCCUCUGCCCAAGCGAAUGCAUAAGGUACCAGCAGUGUAG